AUGGCUAACAAAGUGAUACAAUUACAAAAAAUAUUCCAAAACUCCACAAAGCCUCUAUGGUGGAGACAUCCAAGAUCUGCCUUCUAUCUAUAUCCAUUCUACGGUUUAUUGACUGUUGCUGUCGUUGCCCCAUUACUAUAUAUUCCUAACGCUGUUUUAGGUAUUAAGGCUAAAAAGAAUUAA